AUGAAUGCGGUGAAGAAGAUAGUUAAAUAUGCUAUUCUUUCCCAUAGGUGGUCGGACGACGAGCUCUCUUUUCAAGACUUUGGUCAGGAACGGAGCUUGCAGUCAACGGGGUGGGCUAAAAUCGUCAGCUUUUGCACCGAGGCCGCUCGCCAGGGCAUGUGCUUUGCAUGGAUCGACACGUGCUGCAUUGACAAGACUAGCAGCGCUGAGCUGGACGAGUCCAUCCGGUCCAUGUUCAAGUGGUACCAGAGCGCGGCAACUUGUAUCAUCCACCUAGAUCAAACCACAACGCUGGAGAACAUCGCCGGAGAUGAGUGGUUUCGCAGAGGGUGGACUCUUCAGGAGCUUUUAGCUCCGGGCUCGAAAAAAAUCCAGAUUUUUAACAGGCACUGGCACUGCAUUGCUUCACAUUCGGAAAACGAUGGCCAGUCUUCGUCCAGUAAGGCGCUGAAUAUUGUCUCUCGCGUCACAGGAAUACCCGGCCACGAUCUGAGAAGGUUCCGACCAUCACCUCGGGAGGUAGACCAGCGCAUGACCUGGGCGGCAAAUCGAGAGGUCACCAGGGAGGAAGACUCAGCAUAUUUGUUAAUGGGUAUUUUUGACGUAUCCAUUUCGAUAGCGUACGGGGAAGGUCUCGACCGGGCGUUCUAUCGUCUGAUCGAAGCCAUUAUGGCGGCCGGAGCAGACCCUUCCGUCCUCAACUGGGGA